AUCAGACCGGAAGUGAUCGUUUGUUCCGUGAGGUGAAGAUCAGCAGUAGAAGACAAACGUAAACAUUAAGAUGGCUCACAGGCUCCUGCUCCGUAGAAUUUGGACGCUGUCUUCGAAAGAGAUCCGCUGCCUCCCGUCCUCCACUGCCUCCGUCGCCUCCUCCUCUUUCUCCUCCUCCUCUUUCUCCACCUCCCUGCAGUCCAACACACCCCGGGGGCUCCUCCUCUCUCCAUCACGCACCCUUCCUCACACCUUCAGCCGGGCCGUCUCCUUCAAUGUCCAGGACCACGACGACUUCACAGAGAGGGUCAUCAACAGCGAGCUGCCCGUGCUCGUCGACUUCCACGCACAGUGGUGUGGUCCCUGUAAGAUCCUCGGGCCGAGGCUGGAGAAGGCGAUAGCGAACCAGAAAGGCCGCGUUGCCAUGGCGAAAGUUGACAUCGACGAUCACACAGACCUCGCUAUUGAAUACGGGGUGUCUGCUGUCCCGACAGUCAUCGCCAUACGCGGGGGGGACGUCGUCGGCCAGUUUGUCGGGAUCAAAGACGACGACGAGCUGGAGUCGUUUGUCAGCAAAGUCCUUGAAAAGUGAAGCAUCCGUCCCCGCCCCCCCCCCACUCACCAACAUACUUCUUCUUUCUUUUGUACGACUCCAAC